GAAAACAGAAAACUUUUCUUCAACUAGAGAAGGGAAGGCAAGAAAGACACGUUCUGACGAGGCGGUAGUGGUCGGCGACCGGCGGUUCCGGUGGCCGAGCCGCUGCAUGCUGUGCAGACGUACGAGGGAAGACGGCCAGACACAUGCAUAUAUUAUAUUAAUAUAAUAUAUGCUUGUGUGUGGCAAGAAUAAUAAUGAAUAGUGAAAAGAAUAGAACGAAGGGGGCAUCCUGGAAGGGGAAGCUAAUGUGUGGGAUGAGAGAAAUCGACUGCGAGAUAGAGAGACUCUCGGCAAAGGAUGAUUUGAGCUCUCAUAUGAGCUCUCAAUAUAGCUUAAACAACAACAUUCUUCCUUCUCUUGGAGCUCUUAGCAGCAACCGCAAGGCUAGUCUGCGCAGCGCCAUCAUCUCCCCCUUUGAUCCCUAUUACAGGAACUGGGAGACAUUUCUAGUACUACUUGUGUUCUACACAGCAUGGGUAUCUCCUUUUGAGUUUGGGUUCCUAGAAACGCCAAAUGGACCUCUUGCUAUCUGUGACAAUGUUGUGAAUGCAGUUUUUGCUAUAGAUAUUGUGUUGACAUUCUUUGUUGCUUACCUUGAUAAAACUACUUAUCUUCUCAUUGAUGACCCAAAAAAGAUUGCUUGGAGAUACAUAAAAAGCGGUUUCUUUUUUGAUGUGAUUUCCACAAUCCCUUCUGAAGUUGUACCCCAUGGCUACUUACAACCCUAUGGCUACUUUACUAUGCUUCGCCUCUGGCGUCUUAGGAGGGUCAGUUCCAUGUUUGCAAGGUUGGAGAAAGAUAAGAACUUUAGUUAUUUUUGGGUUCGGGUUGCAAAGCUUAUAAGUGUUACUCUGUUUACAGUUCACUGUGCAGGGUGUUUUUACUAUCAUAUUGGUACGCUGAACCCGAAUCGAAAAGAAACGUGGCUUUCGUUAACCAUGAAUGGUGGUGUGAAUGAUAGCAUUUGGACUCUUUAUGUGACAUCAAUAUACUGGUCCAUUACAACCCUUACAACAACUGGGUAUGGGGAUUUGCACGCGGUGACGACGACAGAAAUGAUAUUUGUGAUGGUUUACAUGCUGUUUGAUCUCGGGUUGACAGCUUAUCUGAUUGGGAACAUGACCAACUUGGUUGUUCAUGUAACCAGUAGAACCAGGAAAUUUAGGGAUAGUAUUCAAGCUGCAACGAGUUUCGGGCAAAGAAACCAAUUGCCAGUUCGGCUACAGGAUCAGAUGUUAGCCCACUUGAGUUUGAGGUAUAGAACCGAUGCAGAAGGGCUGCAGCAGCAAGAAACACUAGAUGCACUGCCAAAAGCCAUUAGAUCCAGCAUUUCUCAUUUUCUAUUCUAUUCCCUUGUUGAUAAGGUCUAUUUGUUCCACGGAGUCUCAGACGAUUUGCUCUUUCAAUUGGUGUCUUUGAUGAAAGCGGAGUAUUUCCCUCCAAGAGAAGAUGUGAUAUUGCAAAAUGAAGCACCAACAGAUUUGUACAUACUUGUAACCGGCUCACUGGAAGUGAUAUCUCAAAGGAAUGGAGUACAUCAGGUGGUGGGAGAGUUGAAGGCAGGAGAUGUGUGUGGAGAAAUAGGGAUCCUAUGCUACCGCCCACAACUGUUUACGAUUCGCACAAAAAGACUUAGCCAGCUGCUACGUUUGGAUCGAACUUCGUUCUUCAAUACUGUUAAAGCAAAUGUAGGGGAUGGCACAACUAUAAUGAACAAUCUCCUUCAGCAUCUGAAAGAAAGAAGAGACCCAAUGAUGGAAUCGAUCUUGGCAGAGACUGAGCACAUGUUGGCUCAGGGAAGAAUGGAUAUGCCUCUCAGUUUAUGCUUUGCAGCUAAUAGAGGGGAUGAUCUGUUGUUGAACCAAAUGCUCAAACGGGGCAUGGAUCCCGAUGAGUCUGAUGCCAAUGGACGUACAGCUCUCCACAUUGCAGCAUCAAAAGGAAGCCUAGAAUGUGUACUUUUACUCCUGGAUUAUGGAGCUGAUCCAAAUAAAAGAGAUUCAGAAGGCAUUGUCCCUUUAUGGGAUGCAAUAACUGAGAAGCAUGGAGCUGUUAUAACACUACUGAUAGACAAUGGGGCAACCUUAUCGUCAGGGGACGUUGCCCACUUCGCGUGCUCUGCAGUCGAGCAAGCCAACUUAGAACUGCUAAAGGACUUUGUGAAAUACGGAGGGGACCCGACGCUUCUCAACAGCUUGGGAACGACAGCACUUCACAUGGCGGUUUCUGAAGAGAAUGUGGAGAUUGUUAAGUUCCUGGUGGAACAAGGAGCUGAUGUUGAUAAGCCAGAUGUCCACGGGUGGUCACCCCGGGCACUGGCUGAUUACCAAGCCAAUGAAGAGAUCAAGGAAGUGUUCACUGCAGAUUUGUCUAAGCCGCCCCCUCAGCAUCCAAAGGGGCAUUAUACCCUCAUGAAGUUCCAGAGUGAGUCUGCAAUUCCCCAGUUGCACUCUAGAGAUAUACAAGAACAAAGGCCCUCCUCGUCGUCUCAGGGCCGGCCAUCAUUGCCAGCUUAUGUUAGAGGAGGUAGCACUGUUUCCAAUCCUAAAUGGGGCCAUCGAAAAUCACUCAUCGGCUUCAUGUCCGUUCCCACUUCUGCAAAUUCAGAAACAUUUGCAGAGGGAAAGGGAGCAUUCAGAGUCCGAGGUCAGCAGAGUCAAGCCAGAGUGACCAUUAAUUGUCCAGAAAAGGGUGAAAAAGGUGGGAGGAUGGUGGCAUUGCCUCAGUCCAUCAAAGAGCUGUUGGAAAUUGGAGCACAGAAAUUUGGGUUUACUCCCACAAAAGUUUUAAACACUGAGGGAGCUUUGAUUGAUGACAUUGCUGUCAUCAGGGAUGGAGAUGUUCUAGCUCUUGCUUCUGAUCAUACAGAUUAAUAAUUACUCCCUCCGUCCCUAAUUGCUCGUCACAUUUGCUUUUUGCGUUUUUAAUGCAACAAAACAAAUGUUGCUAAUUUUUCAGUUUUGUCCCAAGUGUCAUUUGUA